UUAUGAAACGAAACUCCAGGCUAUGAAGAUCGUAUCCUUUUAUCCAAAUCAAAACAACAGACUUGAACAGAGACUGUGAUCUGUUUAGGCCUAGGCUACUCUGAGAAACGGGAGGCGCAGCGUCUGCUUCAGCUUCGGUAUUGUCAAGCAUAGUAUUUGACCGACAAGAUCAAGAGGAGCUAAAACAAACGUGUUCUGUGUUUCUCAUUCAAUGAGAGAACAUGAAGCCUUUCAGACUGUGUCUGUCUGUUCCACCUGUGCCUUACUGUGCUGAAAGAACAUACACUUUUGUCAGACUUUGCCUUGCGAGAGCAAAAUCGGGAAAUCAUUGUUUUUUUCGUUAUGCUUCUCAUCAAGCUGAACACAAGCACCAAAUGCCCAUCUCUCAGUGUUACAAAUUGCUCGGGGUUCAUGCUGACUGCACAGAAGAAGAGCUGCGUAUUGCAUACUUAGACAAGGUAAAGCACUACCAUCCAGAUCAAUCAACUCCGUCAGCUGAUUCUGCUAAGUUCAUACAAGUGCAGCAAGCAUAUAAAGCUGCUUUGGAUCACAGGAGAGGAAGAGAAAUUUUAGAGGAACAAGAAGACAACAAAGUGGACAUCCAUGACAUUCGGCACACUGUUCCCCAACACCGACGUUACUUAACGUUUGAUGGUAUUGGCUUUGGUUCUCCCACAGACAGACAACGUCAGCAUAAACAAUUUCGUAUUUCCCAAGCAACGGAAUCAGUGUAUGAACACCGCAAGAUGCAGUUUGGCUCGGAAGAAUCUGCUGUUGCUCUGAAAGAUAAGGCAGAAGCUAGGAAAAUAAAAAUUAGCAAUCUAAUCGACCGUGUGGUUGAUGACUUGAUCCGAGAGUCCAUGCAAAAAGGCGAGUUUGACAACUUAUCUGGUCAGGGAAAACCACUGGACCACUCGGACCACAACCCUUUGGUAGACCCGACCACACACAACUUGAACAAGAUCAUGGUCAAUAAUGGGUUCAAACCAGAAUGGAUCAUGCUGUCUAAGGAAAUCAGGGAUGACAUCUCACUGGCAAGAAAGAGAAUAGCACUUACCAGAGAAAAGUUGGGCCCUCCUCCGUAUACCGACCAGAAUGAAAUGAGGUGGAAUCAUCACACUCAUAAAUUCAAGGAAAGCCUCCAAGAGAUAAACAGUAAAAUCAACAAGUACAAUAUGAUAGUGCCUUUCAUGGAUAAACAGAUGGUUCAUUAUGACUAUGAGAAAAUUUUACAGAAAGUUCUGUACAAUCAUGAUCAGUUUCUGCCAAGCGAAGAUGAGAGGAGUGCAAUGGACAUAUCAUUUGAAGGGUCUUUAUCUCAUGUGAGUGCUGAAGACAAGAUAAAAUGGGAUCACGUUUGGUCUAAUAUUAAGGAUGUAUUCAAGUCAAGAUAAUGUUCAAAAUUAUCCCUGUAUACAGUCAGGCACAGAUAACAUGUACACUCUAAGCUUGAAGUCAUAGACAGCUCCUAUAAUAAUACGGUGGAACUCGGAUUCAGCAAGCUCGGAUUCAACAGGAGGAGAUAGACUCCCCGUUUUUUUCUUCUUUAAAAUCAAUAAAAAUAACCCGAAUUCAACAAACACUUCAAUCAGCAAGUUCGGAUUCAAUGAGGUCGCUUCCAGGAUGAACAUCCCUUGCAGACGUGGCUUCGCUCAUUUUUCUCCCACAGCGAACUUU